CGAAGCUUCACACACACGUCGCUUUUGCGCGCCAACCAACAUGUCUUCAGAUGAUGCUGCGUCAGAGAAGCCCUCCGUGGUGAUAAUAGGAGGACUGGACUUAGGAUACACCGGACGAAACCUCACCAAGUACCUAUACGAUAAUAAACUCGCCUCCGAAAUCCGCAUCGUCGAUAAACACCUCCCAGAGCUUGCAUGGCUCGCGCCAGAGUUCAAGGAAGCUUGCUCACGAGAGCGAUUCGUCCAGGCAGAUGCUGCGCAAGAAAGAUCCCUUCCACGGGUUUUCGACCGUGAGGGUGGCAAGCAAUUCGAUUACGUCUUCAACUGCGGCGGCGAAACGCGCUUCUCGCAAGAGGAAAAGGUGUACGAACUACGAUCGUAUGGACUGUCCAUGACUUUGGGCAAGGAAGCCGCCAAACGCAACAUAAAGUGCUUCGUGGAGCUCAGCACGGGAAUGGUGUACAAGUCGGAGAAGACACCGUCAAAAGAGACGGACAAGUUGAAACCUUGGUCCAAUCUGGCCAAGUACAAAGCAAAGGCAGAGGAAGACUUGGCCAAGAUUGAGGGUCUGAACCUGGUGGUCAUGCGAAUGGCGCACGUCUACGGCCCGUAUACGAGCAAGUUCAUCUCCACCGCACUAUGCAUGGCGCGAGUCUACCAGCACAAAAAGAAGGAGAUGAGAUGGCUGUAUAAGGAAGACCUGCGAACAAACACCGUUCACAUUGACGACAUGGUAAGAGCAAUGUGGCAUGCAGCAGAAUGGCACAGCAAGCAACCAUCCCCACGAAAACCAGCGACCUUCAAUGUCGUUGACCACGGCGCAACCACUCAGGGACACACCGCCAAGAUUAUCAAAGAAGUCUUCGGCAUUGAAACCGGCUUCCACGGCACGUUGAUAUCGGCCUUCGCCCGGCUGAACCUUGACCAUGUUGUCGACGAGGUCAACGAUGAAACACUGGAUCCGUGGGCAGAGUUGCAAACAGCAGCUGGCAUCAGUCAGUCGACGCCCCUGAGUCCUUUCAUGGAGAAGGAGUUGUUGCGAGAUGCGGAUCUCAGUCUCGAUGGUAGUUUGCUCGAGAAAGAGACUGGCUUCACAUACAAACACGAGAAGCUCACUCGCGAAGGCAUCGAGGAAGUAAUAGAGAGCUACAAGCGGAUGAACUGGUGGCCAUAAACGGCCAACCAACCCGUGGCUUAAACCCCCCUCCCGACGACCAACACUUGACGAACCUCGACACGCUUCCUUCUCAUACCCACUAUUUACCUUCAUCUUCUUCUUCGAAACCACGCUUCCUAGCAAACUACUCCUAUGUUGACGGCCUUUGCAAGCAUUCUUCUCGGGGGCCUCGGUUCUGUCUUGUUCUGUACUAUAAGUAACCCGGCCGGUCUCGAUUGGAUUUCCCACUCUGUUUUGGCGGCGGGCAUUUUUGUAAGGGCAUUUCUAUGCUGCUCGACUUGUACUAAUUCGUCGCGUCUCGUUGUAUGUACUUUCGAUAUGUUCCAGCUGGUAGCGUUCUUGUGGGAACUCGAGUUACAUACCCCUCAAUGCAGCAUUUUUAUAUUUC